AAACCGAAACACCCCCUUUGAACUGACUCACUCUCUUUGUUCUUGCUAGAAUAAACACCCGUUGCAACUUCAAGACCUUGAAAAUAACAGAAAAACAAAACAAAUAAAAAGCAGAAAAUUUUUGUUUUUGUUUUUCCAAAAAUCAUGUCUUUGAAGGUUGCACGAUCUCGAAUCGUUUCGAAGCUUAAUCGUGGCAACAGUUGUAAUGAUUUCAGAAGACUUUUCACCUCUAUCGUCCCCGAAAAGGAGCCCAUCAUAGCCGCUCAAGCGAUCGCGGCCGAUCUCUCGGAGGCGCCGGAGGUGACAUUGGCGGAUGAGGCGGGAAGGAAGUCUUCGUGGAGGUUUCUCAAGUACGGAACUGUGGCGGCUUUGACUGGUGCUACUGCUGGUGCUGGUUAUGUUACCUAUGCAUACAGUACAGAGGAAAUAGAGGAGAAGACAAAAUUGUUGCGAGAAUCAUUGAACUACUCUGUUGGGGAUGAUGCAUCGGCUGUUGAGAAAUAUCAAGCAAUGCUGUACAAUGCUGCUAUGACAGUUCCUGCUAAAGCAAUUGAACUUUACCUUGAUCUGAGGACCCUAGUGGAAGAACAAGUUAAAGGUUUUACCGAACCAACCUCUGAGAAGCUUCUUCCUGAUUUGCAUCCCGCAGAGCAACAUGUUUUCACACUUGUUCUAGAUCUAAAUGAGACAUUGCUUUACUCUGAUUGGAAGCGUGACAGAGGCUGGAGAACAUUCAAACGACCAGGAGUUGAUGCUUUCCUGGAACAUAUGGCAAAGUUCUAUGAAAUUAUUGUGUACUCUGACCAGCUGCCUAUGUAUGUUGAUCCUGUUUGUGAUAGGUUGGAUAGCAAUCAGUACAUGCGAUAUAGGCUAUCAAGAGGUGCUACUAAGUAUCAAGACGGCAAGCAUUAUAGGGAUCUUUCUAAACUUAAUAGAGAUCCAGCUAAGAUUUUAUAUGUGAGUGGUCAUGCAUUUGAGUCUAGCCUUCAGCCAGAAAACUGUGUUCCAAUUAAGCCAUAUAAGCUUGAGACUGAUGAUACCUCACUUUUGGAUCUUAUUCCAUUCCUUGAAUAUGUUGCUCGUCAUAGUCCAGCCGAUAUCCGAACUGUAUUAGCAUCUUAUGAGAGGAAAGAUGUUGCAAAAGAGUUCCUUGAACGCUCCAAAGAUUAUCAGAGGCGGAUGCAAGAACAAAGGAAGCAAAAUCGCAUCUGGCGACAUUGAGGACAGAGUUUUGUAAAUUAUAGUUGGAGAUGCUUAAAGAAAUUCACGCGCAUGUUCAAGGACCAAUCCAAACAGAUGAAUAUGAGAGGCAUCAUUUAAGACUGUGACUUAAUGGAGUUCAUUUUUCCCUGUGUUUGUCAAUAAAAACCAGAAUUUUGGUUAUGCGGCCACUGUUUUCCAAUAUUAAGGUUCAAUUAGUUUUAACCAGCAGGAAAUAGGAUUCACAAGUUAUAUCAAUUAUCAAAUUUUGAUGAUGGUUUGUAGAAAAACUCAGCUAUAUUAUCAAGUUUUGACCAUUUAAAUUUGUUAAA